AAAAGCGUUUUCCAUCCUCAAAUUAAUGAAAGAUAAAAACAAAACUUAGUAGUAUUAAUUUGUCGCCAUUCAAUCCCCAACGUCUAUUUUCAUUAUUAAUCACUAAUAUCACUCUCAAUUUUCAGUUCUUAUAUAUAACCACUCAACUCAACCAAAAUCACAUCAUACAAAUUAUAAAUAAAUAAAUAAAUUACAAAUUGAAAUGGAUCAGAACUUCAUCGGAGCUCCGGCGACUGAGACGGCAGAGAACCACCCUAGCUCAGAGCUACUGUCCGAUAACAAUAACACCUUCGAUUUGGAUGAAUCAUUGCAAAAUUUGCUUCACCUAGAGCCAAGUGAUUUCGAUUUCGACAUUUUUGACUUGACGUUACCUCUUCCGUCACCACCACCGGCCACCUAUGAGAUGUCAGUCAGUUCGAUUCUGGCGCCGUCGCAGCCACACAUCUCCCCGAGCUUGUCUGCUGAAUCCGAUUCCGGUGGAUCCUCAACGGCAUUGCCUGUUAAGACGAAGAAGAAGAAGAAGAACUUCUCUCCUGACCAGCUCGAAGAGCUUGCUAGAAAUGAUCCAAAGAAAUUAAAGAGGAUUCUUGAUAAUAGGAAAGCGGCUGCAAGAUCGAAGGAGAGGAAAAAACGUUAUCAAGAUGAGUUAGAAAAGAAUGUGAAGGCACUUCAGAUUCACGAAGAUAAUGUAACUGCAGAGUUUUUAAAGGAAAAGGAAAAUGUUUUGAAUUUAGCAGCUGAAAAUAGAGAUAUCAAAGAAUGCAUACAGAUUGAAAUCCAGAAAGGAGAAAUGAUAAAAGCUCAAAUUGAAAUGUUAAUGGAAGAACUCCGUAUGGUUAAGAUACAAAUGGAGCAACUUGAUGCUGAUCCCAUUGAUUCUUCAUUUGAUGAAAUGCUCUUUCAAUCAGAGCUUCAAGCUCCUUACGAACCACAGCUGCUCUGCGUGCCGCCCUCUCCUCCUCCUCUUUCUCCUCUCUUCGAUCAUCAUUUCGAAGAUCAAUUUUUCAACCACCAUUUCGACGAUCAUUUUUUCGACGCCACCGACUUUUUUUACUACAAUCCGUUGAAUUAGACGUUUCAUGAUGAAUAACAUCAUGAAGCUAGUUUGUGAAGGACAUCAUUGUGCAACUCAUUUCUUUUGUCAUGUUUGUCUAGAACUAUAUGUAGCCUAUUUCUUAUACAAUUCAUGCAUAGUUUUUUUUUUUUUUUUGGUUGUCAUGCAUAGGUUUAAAUUGUUAAUUUUAGAGUCUAUGUGUUCUAGAUCAUCAAAUUAAAAUGUCCUAUGACGAGUACUUGCCGGUGGUGACUCAAAUAUUUAUUCAGUUAAUAUAUAGCAUCUUUUGGAA